AAGUGCGGUCGAUCGCGUCCUCUUUUUUUUUUUUUUUUUUCCCCAUCCAACGUGUGUUUCGGAUGACUUUUGUCGACGAGAAGUCCUCGCAGGGCGCCCGCUGCACGUCGGAACCGUUUUUGUGCUCGUUGGUGUCCUCUCGGAACAUGUUUGUGCUCACGUGUUGCGUUUACGUGCUCGUUCUGUCGUUCCUGCCGCUCGACUCCACACAAGCCAGAAGCAACGACGAGCCCAUCAUCGGUGUCCUGGCGCAGGAUCUCCGCACCCCCAAAGACGACAAACAUGCCUACAUCGCCGCCUCCUACGUCAAGUUUUUGGAGUCCGCGGGCGCCCGGGUGGUGCCCAUCAUGAUCAACCAGUCCGAUGAAGAAUACAGACGACUCUUCAACUCCAUUAACGGCGUGCUUUUGCCCGGAGGAGGGGCCAGCAUCUUCUCUUCGGGCUACCAGAGGAGCUCCAAGAUCUUUUACGAGAUGGCCCUGGAGGCCAACGGCAGAGGCGACUACUUCCCGGUGUGGGGGACGUGCCUGGGCCUGGAGCAGCUGCUCUUGCUGACCAACGGCGUCUCGCUGCUCACCCGCACAAACACCACCGACGUGUCGCUGCCGCUCAACUUCACCAAAGAGGCCAAAGGGAGCAGGAUGUUCCGAGGCUUCCCCCCCGAGCUGAUGGACGCUUUGGCGCUGGAACCGCUCACCGAGAACUCGCACCGCUGGAGUUUGGCGGUGGAGGCUUUCAAGAGCAGCAACAAACUGACCUCAUUUUACAAAGUUCUGUCCACCAACACGGACGGCAUGACCGAGUUUCUGUCCACGGUGGAAGCGUUUGAGUAUCCCAUCUAUGGCACGCAGUGGCACCCGGAGAAAAACGCCUUCGAGUGGCGGAAACCCUUCGUGGCGCACACGCUCUCGGGGGUCCGCGUCACCUUCUUCAUGGCCGAGUUCUUCGUGGGCGAAGCCAGGAAAAACUUUCACCGAUUCGCCACCGCCGAGGAGGAGAACCGGGCUCUCAUUUACAACUUCAGUCCUGUCAAAAGCAGCGCAAAGAGCAUCUUUGAACAAAUUUAUUAUUUCUGAUGCACGCACACGUCAAACCUCCCGCCGCACAACGAUCACGCUAAGCUCAUAAACGGAUCAUUUUCGAUUUCCCCCGAGGGAAAUGAAAGUCCAAUUUGGCUUGUUGUGACGUUUGUGGCAGCUAAUUGAAAAGUAUUCAUUUCGUUCAACCUUUGAAGAUGCGUAACUUUAUUUUUCAUUGUUUAUCGUUCACGUGCAGGCCAUCAUGUGGAUGAAAUGCACAUUUUUCACGUAAUAAAGUGUCGGAUUUGUGUAUUGCACGCGCACAUUUAUUUUGUUUGUGAACAAACACGUCCUCAGGGUUUAAUACAUGCAAUAAAUUGUGUAUUUAAUACUGCCAUGUAAUCAUUCAUCAUCUCCGAAUGUUUGAAAAUCAAAACAAGCAAUAAAGAGAUGAGUCACAAA